AUGAAGAUGUGGAAAACAAUGCUCGAUUAGAAUGCCAAAUAUUCUGAGUAAUCUUAGAACAGACAAUAGCAGAGCCUAGUAUACAAAGGAGUAUAACAACAGGAUAAAUUAUAAAAACCCAGAUGUCAUAGUAGAUGACAAUAGCAGUCAUUUAUUAAUAAACCCAAGAUUAAUAACGUUCAGGAAAUAGGAAAGGAGGGUUCAGGCUUGAUCCAAAAUGGUGACAUCGAUGGUAACAGUUUUCUUUUCGUGAUCUUUUGUUCAAUCGCCGGAGGCCAAAGAAAUUCAUAUAUCUGAUGUCGAUAUUCAGUGAAUGUCGUUGCUUGUAGCGUGAUAGAGAUGGUCACAGAUGGAUGGAUGGAUGGACGGAUGGAUGGAUGGAUAGAUAGAUAGGUAGAUAGGUAGAUAGGUAGAAAGUUUUUGAUCUCAUGAGUAUACCUAGCUUCACUCAAAGCCGAGGAUUGUUCAGUGUGGGUUAUCGUGCAUGGAUUUGACGUUUUGGAAUCCAGUUUUCCGGAUUAGGAAUUCGAAGUGAAAGAGAGCUUUGGGUCGUGGGGAACUCAGUUUUUUAUUAAUCAUAUAGAUGGAAAAAAAUAUAAAUAGAACGAAAAGAUUGGUUUCCAUGGGUAUUCAUGAUCUUUGUCACCUUGAUAGAGCGAGAGAGGGAGAGAGAGAGAGAGAGAGAGAGAGAGAGAGAGAGAGAGAGAGAGAGAGAGAGAGAGAGAGAGAGAGAGAGAGAGUAUCGCCUUAAGACGUAAAAACUGCGGUGAGGUCUCGAGAAGACGAUUGUUAUUGGGAGACCUACCGGUCCAAGCUUGUAAAGGGAAUCCGAGGACUACUCCAGGCCUUUGGCUGCAGCAUUCCUUUCAGAUGCCUAUCCUUGCUAACCAUUCAAGGUGUUAUUUCUUCCGUUGGCAACUGAAGGAACUGGCGCAGGGAUCUGGGAAGAAAGGAGAGGAAGAGCUGCGGAGUCUAGCUAGAAGAAUGGCCCUGAGCUACCUAAACCAACCGGAAUCCGCAACAAUAACGGAGGCAAACAACCUAUUCUGGACAGAAAUGUAAGCUUUCUUCACACGCAUGUCCUUGCAGUUUAAUGUAGUCUGUAAAGGACAACCUCAGACAGGAGAGAAAAUAGAGAGAGAGAAUAGUGUAAGAUAAAUUUGACAACACGGGUGACGAGAGGUAUAGAGAGAGAGGGAUGGGGGCGGAAGGACGUGAAGAAUUACGUGCACCAAUAAUCAUGGAAUAUGUAAGAGAUCUAAAAAGGGAAAGUGGGCGACGAGGUUGGAACUGUGGGCACCUGGUGCUGGAGAAGUCGUAGAGCUUUCCUGUGGAGGAAAAGACGAUGAGUCCAACGUCGACGUCACACAGGAUGGCCAGCUCCUGCGCCUUCUUGAAUAGCCCCCGCCGUCUCUUCGAGAAGGUCACCUGCCUUGCCGCUGUGUUCUCUAUCUUCCUUAUCUUUAUCUUCUCCCGCGCCAUCUGA